GUAAAUUCAAAGAACAAGCUACCUCCAAUUCCGCCUGGUUGCCUGUCUUGAAUUCCAAAGUACCCGAACCACGUCCCGGUACAUGUGUUGAAGAUACCCAAGCCCUGCCCGAUUUAGUGCUCAAUUUCAUACGUAAACAUCCAUUAAUGGACAAAGCCAUCGAUCAUGAAUUUGGCAAUCCAGUGUUUUAUAAACGUGAUAUUAUCUUGACCAAAUUGGUUGUGGACAAAAUACGCAUCGAUAAAUUAAAUCAAGAAUAUUUAGUGUAUUUCAUUGGCACCGCCACCGGUAGCAUAUAUAAAAUAGUACAAUUUAUACGUUACGGUCAUCGACAUUCGAAUCUUUUGGAUAUAUUCGAAGUGGCACACAAUGAACCGAUACGAGAAAUGGGUAUAAGCCAGAAAACCGGUUCUCUAUAUCUAUCGACAGAUUAUGCGGUUAAACAAAUCGAUUUGGCAAUGUGUGCAAGACGUUAUGACUCCUGCUUCCGUUGUGUGGCCGAUCCCUAUUGUGGUUGGGAUAAGGAUGCUGGGACAUGUAAACCAUAUCAAUUGGGGUUGUUACAGGAUGUUGCCAACGAAACUUCCGGCAUUUGUGAUACAAGCGUCCUAAAGAAACGUAUCACCGCCUCAUAUGGCCAAACGUUGCAUCUAUCGUGUUUUGUUAAAGUACCCGAAGUUCUAAAACAAAAAACCGUACGAUGGUAUCAUCAUUCAACGGAAAAAGGACGCUAUGAAAUUGCCUUUACCCCCUCCAAAUAUAUUGAAACAUCGGAGGGUGGUCUGGUGAUUAUUUCAAUUAACGAAGGCGAUGGUGGACGCUAUGACAGUUAUUUAGGCGGUACACUGCUGUGCAGUUACAGCGUCAAUGUUGAUGCCCACAGAUGUACACCGCCAUCGAAGAAAAACGAUUAUCAGAAAAUUUACUCACAUUGGUGUAAUGAAUUUGAAAAAUAUAAAUCAGCAAUGAAACAGUGGCAGGCCAAACAAGAGCAAUGCAACAUGAAAGACAAAUCGUCCGGAAAGCAUAUAAAUGAAGUCUAUAGUAAUGACAAUGUAGUCUGACCUAAUGAUCAUCAAACUACUUACUAAAGACUGACAUUUUUAAGCUUUUAAACGACAAUAUUUCCCCCCACACA